AUGACAGGAUUGGAUGUACUACGUGCAACAAAACCUUUGGAAAGCUUUCGUAUCACGGACUUCACUAGUAUGGAAGGCGGCAAUUUCGAAUUUCUUCUGCAGAUCCUAGAAGAUUAUGGUAUACCUUUCGAUCGAAAUACAGUCAAGUCCGAUUAUGCUCGCAAUCCAGCUGCAGUUGAAGCUUGGAUUUCAAAAUACCUUGGCCCAGAAACACUCUUGACCAAAGAUGAAGUCGCAUUGUACGAGGUACUUUCACAAUCAGGAGAUGCAGACAAGAUAGCGAAUUCCCAAGACUUAUCGAGCAUAUGUGAUUUGACCGACGAACAAUUGCAUGCUGCCAUCGAAGAAUUGCAAAGGUCUACUACCGCGAUUGAACAGCAGAGCGAAGCACUACGAUUACAACAAAAUGCUUUAGCUUUACUUGUUAAGAACAAUAAGAAAGUGGGAGCAGCACGAACGGAGGCAGAUGCAAAACAACUUCGAAAAUGGGAAGCGGAAACAGGUCAGGCAAAUUCGGCGGUGGAGGAACUUUCACAAAACCUGAUGUAUCAGUUAUCAGACUUGGAACAACAAAACAAAAUAUCACAAUCCAGUGUCAGACAGACAGUGGAUGGGAUCUUGAAGGCAGAUGAUAAAUUACUGACAAGCUUGCAGAAGCUUGGGGAAGAGCUGGAUCCUGGGUCUUCUGAAGACCACGAUACUAUUGCUAGGAUAAGGGACCUUUGCGCGAGGUAUAUCAAACAUACUGUGGAUGGAGUUAGGACAAAGCUUGAUCGAAUAUAUCUCGAAGCUCUUAAUAAUCCUACUGGUACAGAUUCGCAAAACACAAACAAACAGGAAGUCGCCGACUUACAAGAAGAGCUUGAAUCCCUAUACUCCGAGGUAUUACCUGUGGCCCAAAUGUCUGCUGAGCAGCAAUAUUUGGAACCAGCUUUACGAGAGAUUGCCCUCAAAGGGAAUUCAGGUCAAGAUCGAGCUUACCAAGCUUUGAAAUAUAUGCAAGAAUGCCUUAAUUUCCUCGUCAAGCGUACAGAGAUAUAUGCAGCGCAUAUGGAGGAAUAUCAAUGUCAUCAAAUGGCCACUAAAUUUGCUAUAGACACCGGAAAGAGAGAGCUCCAAUAUCAAGAAGCUCCACAGCCUAACAAACCUGUUACGCGCCAACGACAGAAUUCUCAAGCACAAGCACAGUUCCGCAACAAUCGCCGACGUUCUUCGAUGUUUGAAGAAAUGGAUGCUGAAUCACAGUUACUUCGCAAUUUGGGCAUCACACUUCCAAACGAAAAUGACGCAGAUGAUGCGCAAACUGAAUUUCUCGAUAGUUGCCUUCGCGAAAGGAUUGAGAAACUCAAGAGUCACACGGCUAAUUUGGAGUCAACCACUGAAACCACCAUCUCUUCACAUGUGCAAAAUGCCGAUUAUACAAUGAAACUACUUUACAAUGCCCUUCAAGCUGAUUCAGUGUACGGCGAGGUCCAACUACUUGAUCCAGAUAUUGUAUCAUCAUUCAACACAUUUGAGGAGGAAAUCAAGAAUUUACAGGAAAAUCUUGAAGCGGUGAAUCUACAAAGGUUGCAACUGAAGAACGUUCAUAAAGAGCAGCUGAUAAAACGUUGGUCAAGAUGA